AUGAGUGCAGACUUUGACCUGACAGCAGGGAACAGUGUCGUCCUGCAGGCGGCUGACAUGAGGGGUGAUGCCUCUCAGCUCAGCUCUCCAGCUCAGCAGACGGAGCCGUCUGCGGCUGCUGAGCAGCAGAUGAUGAGCGUCUACCUCAGAGUGAGGCCGUUCUCUAAAGAGGAGCUCUCAGACAAUGAGGACCAGGGCUGCAUUGUGAUCGAGAACCGCCAGACGGUGGCGCUGAGCGCGCCGAAGGGCUCUGCCACCUUGAAGAGCAGUGAAAGGGGAAUUGGCUUGUCGGUCCACAAAUUCACCUUCUCGCAGAUCUUUGGUCCAGACACGACGCAGGCUGAGCUGUUCGAGGACACAGUCAAAAGCCAGAUGUCAGAUUUCUUAGAAGGGGAGAACGCAUUGCUGUUCAGCUAUGGAGUGACGAACGCCGGGAAGACCUACACCAUCCAGGGAACCCGAAAGGAGCCAGGAGUUCUGCCCCGGGUGCUGGGUGCCACCUUCCACUUCAUUGGAGAGCGUCAGUAUGAGGGCAUGGACCUGAAGCCCCACCUCAGGAACGACGCACAGCGUCUGGAUCCCGAUCAAGUCCAGCAGGAGAGGAGCGUCAAGGCCGCCAUAUUUUCUUCAAUCAAAGAAGAUAUGGAUCAUCUUGGAGCCGCCGGCGGUUCAGUGUCUCGGGCUUCCUCUACCGACAGUCUGUCCAGCUCUUCUCUGUCUGCCAAUCAAUCAGCCAGCGUCCCAUCAGAAGCGAGCAGCUGCCAGUUUGCAUUGUGGGUGGCCUACUUUGAAAUCUACAACGAGUGUGUUUAUGAUUUAUUUCAACCUGCGCUGAACUCGAAGGCCAAGAAGAGGGUUUCUCUCCGUGUGUGUGACGACGGGGCUGGAAAUGCGUAUGUCAAAGACCUGAGGUGGAUUAACAUCCAGCAUCUGGCUGAAGCCAACAAACUUCUGCACUUUGGGAAUAAAAACAGAACUGCUGCAGCCACCAAGAUGAACCAGUCCUCCAGCAGGAGCCACAGCAUAUUCACAAUGAAGUUACUGACGAUCGAUGAGGGCGUAGUUAAAAAGACCUCGGAGUUUUCUCUGUGUGACCUGGCCGGCUCGGAGAGAUGCAACAAAACAAAGACGUUCGGCGAGAGGCUGAAAGAGGCGGGGAACAUCAACAAUUCCCUGCUCAUUCUGGGGAAGUGCAUCACAGCCCUGCGUAACAAUCAGAAUGACAGAAUGAGGAGCAGCUACAUCCCCUUCAGGGAGAGCAAGCUCACCAAACUCUUCCAGGCCGUUUUCUGCGGUAAAGGAAGAGCCUCCAUGAUCGUGAACAUCAACCAGUGUGCUUCCACCUACGACGAGACGCUCCACGUCAUGAAGUUCUCUGCCGUGGCCAAACAGGUGACGCAGGUGAUCCCGGACAAGUCUCUGGUGGAGAGCAUGUCUCCCCGUCUGGUCGGCAGAGACGGGAAACCUCUGAUGAGUGGGAGGAUCGACAGACUGGAGAGCUGCCUGUCGGAGGAGGAGCUGCUGGAGGAGGAGGACGAGGCCGACAUGUCUCUGCUGCCGCAGAAUGAACUUGUGAACAUGAUUGAGAAUCUGCGAUCGAGGCUGCUGGCCGAACGAAAGAAAAACCUGGUGCAGGAAAUGGAGAUUCGCAAGGAAAUGGGAGACGCCAUGUUGCAGCAGCUCAUGGAGAGUGAAGACCUCCGAACUCGACAGAUUGAGGAGCUUAAAGAACACUACCAGGACAAGCUGGAGAACACGUUCGAGAUGUACAAAGACGCCAUCAAAGAGCACGCUCACCAGAGCGCCAUGAACCAGCUGGAGGACGACUACGUUCCACUGGAGGAGUUCAUCGCUGAGCAGGAGAAAGCCCUGAAACGCAAACUGUCCGCACUGGAGAGCUCAGCGGUUUCUGUGGCUCCUCCAUCACCAGAAGAAGCAGAUGAUCGAUGCAAGCGGCUUUACAAAGAGAAAUGCACCAUGGAGAGGAUGUGCGAGGACAAACAGCAGUUGAUUUUGUCCCUGGAGAAGAGGGUGAUGGGGCUUAGUGACACCCUGCAGAGCGUCAGGGACAGCUUCCUGGAGAAGUCAAACCAUCUGGAGGCUCUGCAGAGGAAGCUUGAUGAGCAGACGAAAAACACAGAGGACGUCUUAAAGAGAAGUGCUGAGAAGGACAAGGAGAUCGCCUCGCUCAAGGAGGAGCUGGCCCGGCUCUCCCGGAAGUCUCCAGUGAAGUCCAAGACGAGGAAGGGUCUGCUCGCCAACAUCAGGGACGCGGUGACCUCCCCGCGGAGUGCUUCCUCCAGCCGAACCCUCAAGAAAACCACCAGGACCGUACAUUAG